AUGACUGUAAAAGCAAGGACAGAAGCUGUGAUGCGGCAGCUUUCAGAACAACCUAUGAAUGCGGUGUCCAAGUUGCUGGAGCAACAACCAAAUGAUAUCGUGAUCACAUGCGCUUUGAGGACCCCUCUGACAAAAGCCGGUCGAGGAGGACUGAAGGAGACGCCGAUGGACGAGCUAUUAGUGCAUGUCUUGAAGUCUAUACGGGAGAAGUCGGGCAUCGAUCCAGCACAGGUGGAAGAAAUUUGUGUCGGCAAUGUCUUUCGGCCAGAAGCCGGAGGGGCCGCAAGGUGUGCAAUGCUUGCUGCCGGUUAUCCUCCAACCACGACCUCAAAUCAUGUCAACCGGAUGUGCUCUUCAGGGCUACUGGCAAUUCAGAACAUCGCAGGGGCAGUCUCCCGCGGUUGCAUCGAGAUUGGCAUCGCAGCUGGAUCAGAGAGCAUGAGUUUCAACAAGGAUGGCCCGCGGAAGCCGGUGAGUGGGCCGAUAGGAGCCCUUGAAAUCGUCCAGACCGCCAUGAAACCUGUCUCGUGGACGUCGGAGAAUGUAGCGGCCAGGUUUUCUUUUACCAGAGAAGAGCUCGAUGAGUUCGCUGCAGAGUCGUACCAGAAAGCGGAGCGAGCACAAAGGGCUGGUUGGUUCGAUGAAGAGAUCGUACCCAUCACCACGAGAUUUACCGAUCCAAAGUGCAAUACCACGAAGGAAGUGACAAUAACCAAGGACGAUGGUAUCAGAUACGGGACGACAAAAGAGUCUCUAAGUUCGAUUAAAGCCGCGUUUCCCCAAUUUGCCCCCGGUGUCACCACAGCCGGCAACGCUUCUCAGGUCACGGAUGGCGCGGCGGCGGUUUUGAUGAUGAAGAGGUCGACAGCUCUGCGGCUUGGUCAGCCCAUCCUAGGCAAGUACGUGCUUUCCACCAGUGUUGGCCUCGAUCCAAGCAUAAUGGGAAUCGGCCCCGUUUACUCUAUCCCAAAACUGCUGGGAAAGGUGGGCUUGCAACUCGCGGACGUGGAUGUGUUUGAGAUCAACGAGGCCUUUGCAACUGCAGGGCUCGGUGCAGUGCGACUACUCAACCUCGAUAAGGAAAAGCUCAACCCGCGAGGAGGUGCGAUAGCCCUGGGUCACCCAGCUGGAUGUACGGGAGUUAGACAAGUGGUAACAGCCUUUUCUGAAUUGCGUCGUCAGGGGAAGAAGAUCGCGGUUACGGCCAUGUGCGUGGGCACUGGAAUGAGUAUGGCAGGUCUUUUCGUCCUUGAAAAUUGA